UUAAACCUUUUCAGCUAGUUAAACAAGCACUAAUAACCUUCCAAACCAAAUCCAAUUACAAAUUUUGGUGAAGAUGAUGAACAACAACAGCACCUCACAACCCCAAAACAACGACGACUUUGACGCGAAUGGGUUCACGUACAUCUUAACAUUUGUAUUUGCUCUUGUAUUCUUGAUUCUUACAAUUGUUGUUGCUUGUGUUCGGCUUCGUAUGUCACGGGGUCCAGACAUGAUCAAUAUUUUGUCAGGUUUUCCACCACAUCGUCAGGAAGACUCAAUUAUGGAGCAAGGGCUACGCCGUAAUAGAGACACAAGUUUUGAAGGAUACCCAAAAAUGCUAUACUCUCAAAUUGAAAAGAAUAUUUUAGGUGGUUCUUCAACUUCAAGUUGCUCUAUUUGUUUAGGGGACUACAAAGAAAGUGACAUUUUGAGGUUACUUCCUGAUUGUGGUCAUCUUUAUCAUGUUGCUUGUGUUGAUCCAUGGCUUAGGUUACAUUCUACUUGUCCCAUAUGUAGAAAACCAUUGCUAGCUUCAAGCUAAGCUAGUUAUUAUUAGUCUUCAAUAUUGUAAAUCAAAACACUAUUUUGUGUGUGUGUGUAUCUAUGUUUUAAUUGAUAUUUUUGUUUUCAUUUUAAGUACCAAUCAAGUGUAAAGUGUAGUGCUUUUGUAAGGGACAUGAAUGUGCAUAUAAAUCUUUCAUGAUUUUUUUUUC